UAGGUUGAUUCUCUCAGGGACAGCUGUUGAGGGAAACGUUUACGUAUAGCCAAAUAUUAUCACUGUUUUUACCUAUUAAGAGACAUACUUUUAUUUGUUAACUUGCUUAUGGCACAACACAGACUUCGUCAUUUGGUUGUGAACUUUUAAAGGGGAUGAAAAGGCUCAAGAGGAAGAAACAAAACGCAGGAGCUGGAGUGAAUGGGAAUGGAUCUGUCACAAGAGAACAGGACUGUGGGAGGAAACAGAAGUUGGCUGAGAUCCAUCAGGCUUUGAUCAGUGAUCCAGUGGACAUUGAGACCCUGAGGAGAGCAGCAGCCAGUAGGGGAGGACUGCUCACUGAUGAACUGAGGAGGAAAGUCUGGCCUAAACUACUGAACAUCAAUGUGUACGAUCUACCAAAUAAACCUGGUCGAGAUGUUAGGGAGGACCACAAGGACUACAACCAAGUAGUCCUGGAUGUCAGGAGGUCCAUGAAGCGGUUCCCUAAAGGUAUGCCAGCCGCAGAGAGAUCUGUGCUUCAGGAGCAGCUCAUUGACAUCAUACUGGAGGUUUUGAAACGCACCCCUCAGCUCCAUUACUACCAAGGCUACCAUGAUGUGGCCGUCACUCUGCUGCUGGUUGUCGGGGAGCGGAUGGCCAUCGCCAUGCUGGACACUCUGUCCAAUCACCAUCUCAGGGAUUUCAUGGAUCCUACCAUGGACAGCACUAAACACAUUUUAAACUACCUGAUGCCUAUAUUGGAACAGGUUGAUACAGAACUCCAUGACUUCAUGAUCAGAGCGGAGGUGGGAACGAUCUUCGCGCUGUCCUGGCUCAUCACAUGGUACGGCCACGUGCUGUCAGACUUCAAACACACCAUGAGACUGUACGACUUCUUCCUAGCCUCACACCCACUGAUGCCCAUCUACCUCGCCGCCACGAUUGUAUUGUACAGAGAGAAGGAGGUGAAGAAGACAGAGUGCGACAUGGCCAUGGUCCACCACCUCCUCUCGCGCAUCCCCCAGGACCUCCCAUACGAACUUCUGAUUGGUCAGGCGCAGGACCUCUUUGAGCAGUACCCUCCAUCUGUACUCGCCAAACGUGCAGCACUGCAGUCACGCAAGAGCCUGUCAAUCAGCACCUUCCAAGCAUUUCAGCUCUCCACCCUCCACCAGAGGCCCGACUCUGUUCUCCAACGCCUCACCAAGGCCCAGGGCUCCACCACCUCCAGACACGCCUCUCGACACACAGGUCUGGAAGCAGCUUUGCCCCGAGACCGAGGCCAGCUGUGGGGGAAGGGGAACAGGAUGGUGAAGAUGGCAGUGUGGGGGCUGUCCGCUACGCUCGGGGCGGCCGUGUUCGCAGUGGCUCAGACAGCUAUGGACUGGGGACCUGACGUGUUACUACAACUGUUCUGACGUGGCGGUGGGGAUUUGGGCUGUUAGACACACACAUUAACACAUGGUGACAGCAGACGCAUAUCUGCUCUUCAGACGGAUUUACAAUAAACAAACAUACAUACUCAAACAAAGACAUGGAAGACUUGAAGCUCGUCUCUCCUGCUGCGAGGAAACACUGGAGAAAAGCAGGAGGAGGUCAGUAAUCUUAGUGCCAAACAGGUUGUUGCUGCUCAACCACGAUGAACAUAUGUUAGCCACUAGCCAGCCUCGGGAUGUAUGUGCAUGUGUGAGUGGGUGUAUGUGUGCUGCAUGUUGCAUGAAAGCACCUGCUGGGGCCUCUAACAUCUUGGGCGCCUGGGCCAGAGCUUCUGUGUGAAGUGACUGUCAACAUUUCUUUAUGAAAAGUGAUUUAAACGGUCACAAUGAGAGAGAAAAAAGACUAAACCACAAUAAACAGACACAACCAGAGACAGAUGCAAAGUGACCUCAGAGAGACGCAGAAUGACCUAAAAGGAUUGCAAAAUGGCCACAGAGAUGCAAAAAGACUACAAAGAGACUCAAAACAACCACAAAGAGAUACAAAGCUGAGCUGCAAUGACAGAGAGUUACAGAGGGAGAGAUAAAAGAGCUGCAGUGAUUAAUUGAUGAGUCAUCAACUAUAACAUUUUUCACCAUCUAAUUUGAUGAUCGAAGAAUUGGUUUGCGUAAGUAAGUAAAAUUAAUUCCAACUUUUUAAAUGUGAAUAUUUGCUGGUUUCUUUACUCGUCUAUGACAUUAACCUGAAAGUCUUUGAGUGGUGGACAAAGUAAGACAUUUUAGAACAUCAUCUUAGGCUUUGGGAAUAUUCUAAUAUUUAAUAGACCAAACAACUUAUCACUUAAUCAAGAAAGUAAUCAACAAUGACAGUAACUGCUGGUUGCAGCCCUGCAACAGAGAAAUGGAAAAAGUCUCUCAGUCUUGGGUCUUGGUCCUAUGUAGGAGGAAAGGGCUUUUACUUGUUUGUGCCCAGGGGCCCAUCGUCUCAUUAUCCAUCCAUGCAUGUGAGACACUAACACAUUUUGCUCUCUCAGGCUGUUGCUCACACUGUACCGUCGGUGUAACGUUUUACACGUGUCGCUGUGUGUUUGCUGUUAGCUGAUUAUUUUUGCUGAUAACUCGUUUUUUGACUGUCAUGCUUGUUUCGUUGCAUUUCAGUUGAUGGUGUUUUAGUGCGCCUGUUGGAUCAGCAGCCAUAUCUGAGAGCCAAAAGUGCCCGUAGCCAGCGCAAUGACACAUGAAUACAAAUUAUUAAAGAGCGGGUUUUCCUGCUGAAAGCUUCCAGUUGUGAGCAGAGAAGGAGAGCGGGAGAGAAAUGGGAAAGAUGGAGGGGGAGAUUUUGCCUGUGAGUCACUGGUAUUAAUUGCUUUACUCCAGGUGUCAACCAGUUACAUUUGCAGUAGAGUUUGACACACGAAAAACAAGCUGUUGCCGACCCAAAAUGUAAACAUGACACACAGUUAGCACGCAAUGCAAGCAGUGGGCCUUUUGCAGAUAUAUUUUGCAGUAGUUACUGAAAUACUCAUUUAUUUAAUAUGUUAUUUUUCUAUUUUCUGUAGCUGUUUCUGCUCACUGCUGAAUGAAUAUGAGGAGGACACCAGUACUUUUACCUUCUUGAAAUAUUUAGCAGGUUUGCAUCAACAUCCACCCUAAAGAGCCGUCAACAGAACUACAUGGACUCAGUUCUUCUUCUGCAUCAUGUUUCACUUCAGCAUUUUAUAGCUGCAGUGAUUAUUUAAACAUAUGUGAUGUUGUUUUUCUAUUAGUGGAAGAAGUUAACUACCUGCUGCAUCACACACACCCUGUAGUUACUGUUGGACCAAACAUAAUUAUUGAGUUUCAGCGCCUGAAAAGUGAAUAUUAAUAAUUGAGGUUGUUUCCAACUGAGGUACAUACACACGGUAUGUACAGCGUGCUGGGUUUCCCCAAACAGCAAUGCAUGCUCUGUGUGUCGACUUGUGCUCUAAAAUAUUUAUCUUUUUAGUAGCAUGUUGCCGUCUUGCAUCUGUUAACACAGCUUCACCAGAGUCACAAUACUCUCAUCCCUCCUGUUCCUCCGUCAUCACAUAUAAAUGUGUGUUAUCUUUGCACAGUCGGAUUGGAUGUGAAAUUUACCCUGUUGAUUCUAGUUGCUUUGUAGCGCAUGAAUUCAAAUCUUUGUUGCGAAUGAAAUGACAGUACGUGUUGUACAAAUGUAACCUCUAGCCUCCAGUGAUCGGAGAAGGAUUGCUGAGCUGAGUAGUUAACAAACCUGUCAUUCAAUCUGUCACUAAGUUGUCAGUUUCAGGCACUCUUCAGCCAAUUGCUUUUAUUUUGAUUGGUGGUAAUCAGUCACUUAUUGUGUUAUAGAGUCAAUCAAUCAAUCAAAGGCCUGUAACUCAGGUAGUCGGAUGGCCAGCAAGCCAGUUAGGAUUCAGACAUCUCGUCAGUUUGUGGUGGUUGUUUAAAUAGCCUCUGCAUGUUCCACUUUGCAGCCUGACAAGCUCUACAUCAUGUCAAACAUCACACGUGUGCAUGUCCGAUGUGAUUAAAUGCAAUACGUGAGUGUGUGUGUGUGUGUGUGUGAGAGAGAGAGAGAGAGAGAGAGAUAGAUAUGUUAGCUUUAGUCACAGGUCAGUUUUUUUCCUUUUAGCUCGCUGGGCAUCUAAUGCUUUUUAUUUAUUUUACUUUUUUGUGUUGCUACUUUGUAUAAACUGUUAACAGUCUAUUUAUUUUAAAGGCAACAAUCUGAUUGGCUGUUUUUUAAGUGGCGAAACAUUUAAUUAUAUUUUAUGAAUGUAUUUAAAAUGAAUUGUGGGCCAGUAAAAAAAAAACAAACAACGUAAUUAUGGUUUGUAAUAUCACCAGUCUGUGGCUUUAUAUUUUUUAAAGGUAUUACAGUAUUUACAUAUAAAAUUUUGUAUGUGGUCAGUCAUUAAAAAUCAGACUUCAAGUUAAAAGAAUAGUUUGACAUUUUGGGAAACAUGCAUCAUUACUUUCUUGCUGAGAGCUAGAUAAGAAAAUUGAUCCUACUCUCAUGUCUAAAUAAUAAUACUAAUGAUAAUAAUAAACUGAAUUUGUAUCGCUCAAAAAUAAAUUACUAAGUGCUUUACAGAACAAGAUGAAAUAGUAUACACAGUCAGGAUAAAAAUAGCAGAAACAUAAAUUACAACAAAUGAAAAUGCGUACAAUAAAAAAUAAAAAAGGGAUAUAAACUAGACAAACAGCAGAUUUACUGUUAAAAAAAAAGCCCUUCUGUAGAAAGGAGAGAUUUAAAACAAGAUACUGAGUUUGCUAACUUAUGUUCCUCAAGUAGGGAGUUCCACAGCUGCAGGGCUCUAACAGGAAAAUAUGUACUUUCCUUUUGUAAUAGAUGGGCUGUGGGAACAGUUAGGAGGUUCCUACCUGAGGAGCGCAGGGGUAAAUCUAUAAUGUAUGUAGGAGCAAGGCCAUGUAGGACUUAAAAAGUAUCAGUAUAUGCUAUACCCAACCCAAUGCUAUACCCAACAGGUAUUCAUUGUAGCUUUGCAAAGGCAAUGGUGAUGUGGUUUUGUCUCUUGAAAUUUGUUAUAAGUCAGGCAGUUUUGAAUAAGCUGGAGACAGGAACUGGCCUUUUGGUUGAGCCCCUAAUACAGGGCAUUACAGUAAUCCAAUCUUGAUGAGAUGAAGGCAUGGGUGACUUUUUAAAGGUCUGCUUGAGAUAAAUAAUGUUGAACUUUUGCAAUGUUUCUGAUUUGAAGAAAGAAUGAUUGCACUACCUUGGUUAUUUAUAUGCUGAAACACAUCUCAGUCAAACAUGACACCACCCAAAUUGUGGGCAGAAUGCCUUACAUUUGAUGGCUGUGGUGAUCGGUGAUUCGAUCCCCAGCUCCUCCAGUCCACAUGCGCAGGUGUCCUUGGGCAAGAUAUUGCACCCCAAGUUGUUCCCGAUUGCUGUUCCAUGGGAGUGUGAGUAUAUUUAAGCUGAGUAGCAGGCAGCAUCUCCUAUGGUGAAUGUGACAUGUAAUAUUAAAGUGCUUUGUGUGGUUGGAUGACCAGAAAGAUGUUAUACAAAUGCAGGUCCAUUUAUACUGAAGGACAGGUAAAUAUGAAGCUACAGCCAACAGUUGUUUAGCUUAACUUAGCACAAAGACAGGAAACAGGGGGAAACAGUUUUCCUGGCUCUAUCCAAAGAUAACAAAGUCCUCCUACUAGCUCCAGUUUACUCAUUAACAUAUCAUAUCCAUGGAUGUAUUACUGAAUAAUGUAUUAUAUAUAUUACUAAAGGAGCCUAUUGGGGACCAGCCUAGGGCCCCCCUGUCCUUCAUCUGCAAAAUGUCAUUUAAAUGAACUUGUACCAACCAGGAAGAGACUCAAAAUGACCACAAAGAGACACUAAGGAACUGCAAAGAAACACAAAAUAACUACUAAAGAGAGCAAAACAACCACAAAGAGACACACAAUUACUUCAAAGAGACACAAAAUAUCCAAAAAGACACGGAACUACAUCAAAGACACAAAAUAUCCAAAAAAAAAGACACAAAAUUACAUCAGACACAAAAUGUCCAAAAGAGACACAAAAUUACAGAGACAAAAAAUAUCCAAAAAAAGAAACAAAAUUACUUAAAAAGACACAAAAUAUCAAAAAAAGAAACAAAAUUGCAUCAAAGAGACACAAAAUAUCAAAAAAAAGAAACAAAAUUACAUCAAAGAGACACAAAAUAUCCAAAAAAGACACACAGUUACAUCAAAGAGACACAGAAUAUCCAAAAAAACCCCACAAAAUUACACCAAAGAGACACAAGAUGUCCAAAAAAGACAUAAAAUUACAUCAAAGAGACACAGAAUAUCCUAAAAAGACACAAAAUUACAUCAAAGAGACACAAAAUAUCUAAGAAGACACAAAAUUACAUCACAGAGACACAAAAUAUCCAAAAAAGAUACAAAAUUACUUCAAAGAGACGCAAACUAUCUAAAAAGACACAAAAUUACGUCAGAGACACAAAAUAUCCCAGAAAGACACAAAAUUACAUCAAAGAGACACAAAACAACAUCUGUUGCAUCUUGAAAAUUAAGUUUGACUGAACUGGUGGUAUGAAUCUUGUCAUCUAACCCCUAGCUCGAUAGCAAAGAAACAUAUUUCCCAAAAAUGUGGAACUUUUCCUUUAAACAUUUGGCUCACUUCUCAGAUUAAAAUAAUAAACAAAUGACAUUUUAAAGGGAACUUCUACUGUCUUGUGGUGCAUGGUUGAUGUGCAUCCUGCCCCUAUUACACAAACAGCUCAUUCUGCAGUGAAGUUAUUUCUGUUACCACUGGCUGUACUUUUAAAGUGACUGUAUGCGAUGCUGCUUGGAACAAGUGAUUGUUAUUAAUUCACUUUUAAAAAGCAGGUUUUAUGCAUGUUAUUUUUGCUUACACUUGAUUAGCUGCCUAAGACAUAAAUAUGCAGGGAAAAGCCUUUUGAGCAGUCGGUCUGUGAUCUUCAAACAUAACUCAUGUUGCUACUGUGCAGUUUUAUUAUUAGUGCCAUGUAGACCUACACACACACACAUAUACACACACAUACAAGGAGAAAGUGGUGGUGGUGCCAGAUCAUAAUGAGCAUUUAAUUCCUGCCCCUGGCUCUUGGCGUGCUCAAGACACUUUCUCCUUGUCUUUUUUUUCUUUCUUCUCACAUUCACACUCAAACACCUACACAAACACCUGCACUGGUCUCAGUUUGGCAGAGGCCUUUGAUGAAAAAUGAUUGAAGCCUGUUACUUGGUUUGAUGAAACCAACCCAACAUGUACAAGUAAGAAGAUGGAUGCUGUUGAUCUCACAUCUAAAGUUGACUGAAAAAACAGGUUCAGGAGCCAUUAAAUUCAUGAAAAACUUUUUAAGAGGAUAGAAAAUAGAGAAGAUUCAUCAGUUUAUUUAACUGUAGUACAACAAUUUGCUUUUAAUAGCUCUGUUUAUAGUAGUUUAAAUAGUCCACAUUUAAUCAAUGCUUUUUUAGAUGCAUUUCAUUAUCUUUUUGUCUCACUUUAUCAGCCCACAUCUGCAGAGAUUUUUAAGGCUAUUUUGCACUCCACCUACUAUCCAUUCUGUUAAAUCUGUUUGCCAAAUUAACAAACAAAAUUUCAUAGAUGAUUCAUUCCAGAAAGUUUUAAUAAUUUGAACAGAUCUGCUCAGCUUUUGUGUUGAUUAUGAAACGAGUGAUGCAUCUUUUUAAACACAGACAUUUGGAAACAAUUUUGUUGUUGUUGAAUGAAACAAACUAAAAUAACAUAAAAUAAGAAAUAAAGGAAUAGGAGUUAUUUUAAUAGCUGGAAGCUGUGGAUGUUAUUUGACAGCAAUUCAUUUUGUUUGAUUUAAACCAAAAACACAUUUUCGGUACAUGAAAAUAACUUGAAUUUCAUGCCAAAUUAUGAAUUCACUGUGGUGUGAUGAAGAGCCUGGAUGUGAACUCCCAGCGAGCUUAUGUCAAUCCUCUCGUGAUGGCUCUGUCUUCCCCUCAGGUCCAAAAGAUUUCCCAAAAGACUUGAUUGCACCAAAUGCUUUUACAGAUAAUGAUGUAAGUCCUUAAUUUGCGUGUGUGUAUGUAUGAUCUCUGUGGGCAUUGUAAUGCAUGUUUCUCAUAUCAUGGGUACCAAACACUUGGUUCAAACAUAUCAGGUUCUUUGCACCUUGUACUGCAGUUGUACUGAGACGUGUUCGACCUCAACAUGAAACUGAUUUUGUCUAUGAGGUAAAACAAUGAAUAAAUGAUGAAGAAAACACUUCCGGUUACGGUGUGAAAGUUCAUUCUUGACCUUGGAAACAAUGGUUUGCCGGAAAAAAAAAGAAUAAAUAAAAAAAUAAUCAAACUCAAUGUCCACUUGCUUUCUUUGGAGCUAUUUGUCACAUAUGUAACUCAACAAACCUGCUUAAACAGUUGGGAGGAUUUCGCAGCUCUUGCUUUGUUUAUGAGGAUGCCCAUGUUUUGGAUGGUUGUACACCAAUGCACAUUUACCCUAAGGCUGUGCAAUUAAUUGUCUGGUGAUCGUGAUUAUGAUUUUGAGGUCAAACGAUUUCAAAAUUAAUUAUUAUUACUGUCUGGAAUCGUUGAGUGUUUCUUACAACAACAAAAAAAAAAAUUAAGUUUUACUUUGGCUGACUUUAUUUUCCAGCUCUAUAUUAUUCAUUAGCCAUUUUAGAGAUACUGCAAGAGUGCACUACAACAGUUGGUGUUCCAUUUGUCUUAUUUUCUACUAUUUGCAGUUUUGCACAUUAGAACUAAGUUUUUAGUGUUUUUGAAAGGCAUUUUGAAAGUUAUCAGGGAAAAUUUCAAAUGUGGCAGUGCACUGAGCAAAAUGAGCAAAUUUGUUGUACUAUUUGCACAAGGCCACAGACCUUUAUUUUGUGUUUGGGCUUCUUUUUUUUUAAGUAGACUCAACUAUGUUUACUAGAACAAGCAUUUGAGAACCUCCUUGUACUUCGAAAUGUCCUCUGUUACAAAGUUUUUGGGCAAUAAAUCAUAAAUACAGCAUGUUUUCAAAGUCAAAACAUAAUCGUUUGCAUAAUCGCUAAAUUUCAAUUUUGACCAAAAUAAUUGGGAUUAUGAUUUUUUCCAUAAUCGAGCAGCCCUAAUUUACACACAGUUAUGCAUUUUCGAUCUGAAACAAUUAGCCGAUCAACAGAAAAUUUAUUGAGAGAUAUUUUAAUAAUCAAUUAAUUAUUUAAGCAAAAAUAGUAUUUAUGGGGCAUCGGUGGCUUAGUGGAUAGAGCAGGUGCCCCAUAUACAAGGCUGUUGCCGCAGCGGCCCCAGUUCAAGUCCAGCCUGUGGCCCCCUGCUGCAUCUCAACCCAGGCUUUGUUAUUUCAUAGACCAAAUUACUGUGACAUCAUGGUGGGUAGACACCUGGCGUUUUUUUUAAUUGUAGAGAUAUGUGACAUUGACAAUUUCUUUCUUUCUGUGGUCAGUUUUAGCUGUAACUUUAACGUUCAAACAAAUAUAGUUAAACACUGUGAUCUGACCUAUCCAACGUCUUUGCUGUGCUUAUUUUAUAUAUUGCGUUGCUUUGUUAGCAUCUUUGAUAAACAAAUAUACCAGCACGGAAGCUAAGUAAUGUACUGCUGUGGAUGGGUGCCAUAGAAAAAUGGAUUUUAGCCACCUAAAAAAAUCAGUUAUCAGUUUAAGUGUACGCUAUAUUGUCGUUGUUGGUGGGUAUCUGCUGUUGGCCAUAGCGGCGGUAUUGGUGUUGAUUUUAGAGAUUGGCCAAAGCUCCUGGGUUGAUGCAUCCCUACAUAUAUAUGUAUAAGCUCUGUGAUAUUCAUGAGAUGUAAAACUGAUACGUUAUUGCUGCCUUUUUUUUUUUUCAAAUUGGGGGUUUGUUGUGUUUUU